AAUAAAAAAUAAAAUAAACCCUGCGACGGGUCUAUAAAUGCACUGUAUCUCCUUUUCUACUUUGUCUUAAAAUUCUUAGUUUUCAAAGAAACAUUUCUUGAGUUGAGAGAGCCAAAAUGAAGAGGUUUUUGGUAGCUUUUAUGUUGCUCUUUGCUCUGCUUUUGACAUCCUCCUUUCUUCAACCUGCAACCGCCAAAUCAGUGUACUGCGCGCAGAAAUGCGAGGCUCGGUGCUCCAAGGCAGGACUGAAGGAUCGGUGCGUGAAAUACUGUGAGUUAUGCUGUGCAAAGUGCAAAUGCGUUCCAAAUGGGACUUAUGGAAAUAAGCAUCAAUGCCCUUGUUAUAGGGACAUGAAGAACUCUAAGGGAAAGCCCAAAUGUCCUUAGAAAUAACAAUACUCCUACUUACCACAUUUCUCAUCCUGCUUUGCUUUCUGCAUCCAAAACUUUCAAAAUUUUCAGAGAAUAAGAGCUCCUCUAGGACUUAUUAAUGUUUGUAUGCAAUGUAAGUGUGCUUAUUACCUAUGAGAAAAUUGAGAUGAAUUCUGGACUUCAAUUACUCCCAUUUCUUUUUA